AACACUUGUGAUGUUCAGUUGUAUGAUAAUAUUGUAUUUAUGUCUUGACCAUAUAUAUACUCACUAUACAAAACGAAAGUGAAAGUCCUCCUCCUUUUAUGUCAUAUCUCAUGCAGUUUGAUUGGUUCCCGCGCUUUUCUCCUUUUUGAAUACUUGUAAUAAGCUAGACCGAAUUGGGGCUGAAUUUUUUUUAUAUUUUCCAUGUUUGUUUUAGAUGGUGGUAGCUAGUAAAACAUGUAACGUCACUUGUUUGUACUCUACGGUUUUGUCAGAUGAGUAUGUGGAUUAAGCAAUCGCCCAUGCAUGCGUGGGGUUUUGCGCAACUGUAUUAAUUUAUUGUCUUUAACUUGGACUCUUCAAACUGUAAAUUAAGAUUUCGUCGUAUGUGGUAUUUGUAUCGUGGUUUCUGCUUGACACUCUGCUGUUUAGGAACCAAACUAAAUCCAUGAGCUUAAAAUGAAGAGAACGUCUGUAAAAAGAUCUAAAAACAAACGAAAAUCAGUAACAGGAAAAUGUUUGUACAAAAAGUCCAAAGAAAACAUACCUCCGUGUUCAACUCCUUCGCAAAAUAAAGCUGUAAGGGACCAUGUAAGGACAAUUUUAGCGCAUACUCCUUCACAUUUGAAUGUCACUGCUUCAGCGGAUCAAGGAAGUCCAGUCAGUGCUCCAAUAAUUAGCCAGACAAAUGUGAAAGGAAACAUAACUAUAAAUCAAAACUUUUCAGUGGUCUUGCAGAAUCCCUCUGAUGGUUAUCCUUUGCCUGAGAAUCACUCGGAUGUAAGAGAGGGAACAGAUGAUGACUAUCAAAUUCUGCCUUCACACAACACUGAACAGGUCCCUCAAAAAAGUGAAAGCUCUCAUCGUCGGAGACACUUGUCCUUCAAAAGUUGUUUGGAGCAACAUGCGUUAACUCUUGCAGAGGUGAAAAAGGACACAAAUCACUUAAGAGAGGUUACUGUUACCGGAAAGAUUAUAGACCUUCAGCCUGCAAUCAGCAUUCUGCAGAAUGAAGAAGGGAUUCAAUAUUCGCAUUAUAUUCUGUAUGAUACCACUGCAAAAGUUCACUUGAGUUUAGCAGAUAAAUUUAUCGUAACCAUCAAUCAGUGGUAUAUAUUUAAAAGUCUUUCCAUCUGUGACUUUGGCAAGGGAAAUGUGCUUUGUUCAACCCAACUCACAACACUGGAGUCGUUUACACCUUUAGAAGACAAUCUGAAGUCUGACAAGUCUGAAGAGACUGUGAUCUCAGGGAAGAUCACGGAGGCAUUAUUGACCUUUGAAUAUAUUUGUUCAUGUGGUGCCACAAUCUCUUUUUCAAAUCCCAAAUUGUUCCUUAUUAAAUGCAACAAGUGCAGAAAAAGCUGCAGGUGUGAAAAUGUUCAAAACCGAGCCAAGGCCAGUGUAACCAUCAAACAGCCCAAUGGAACAGACCAGAGAGUGGUGUUAAAUGACGCACUGCUGCACUCCAUUUUCAGCUUUAAGAGAGAGGGAUACUGUGACAGUCAGCAGCUAGAGGACCGUCUGCUGAGAGCUGAGAGAAUGACUGUCGUCUGUGUGGAUGAUGAGCCUCAGCGCGUGCUAAUAGAAGCAGUGGAAGAAGCAAAGCAUGUGGCAAAAAAAUCUUUUUUUUCUAGAUGCUGUGCCUUUUAAUGUUUUUUUCCUUAAAGGUUUAGUAAUUUCCAAACCAAUUAGAAAUUACUUUGUCUUUCUUUGUAACACAAAUUAAGGCAUUUUUAAUGACACCUGAGAUAUUUCUGUCUAUCAAUUUAAAGUAAAGAUUUCACUCCCUUAUGAUGAAAUUGUGCCACAUUUGUGUUCAUUUUGAUGGUAUUUUUGCCCUAAACUGGAUGGUAUAUAUGCCCUAAUGGUAUUUGACCUACUAUUAGGGCAUAUAUAAUGGUGUGUAUAUAUGUGUGUGUCUGUGUGUGUAUAUUAAAUUAAAUUAAUGCAUUUAGCAGAUGCUUUUAUCUAAAGCAACUUACAGUGCAUUCAGGAUAUACAUUUUUACCUAUCAUGUAUUCCUAAGGAAUUGAACCCCCAAUCUGGUGCUUCAUAGCGCAAUGCUCUACCAAUUGACACACACACACAGUGAACAAAGAUGGUAUACUUUGAAUAUUUGUUUUUAAUGGCAUCUUUUUACUAUUAAUGUACUAUUAUUGAAGCCCAGUAUCAUCGAUACAGUUCUGCUACUGAUGUGUCUAUUAAGCGUAUUUUUCCUAAAAUUUUAGCCAUUAAACAUUAAAGUAUAAUUGAAAGCCAUUAAUUUUACAUUAAAUAUAGGCUUUGAAGAAUAUAACAACUUUUAAUUUGUCAACUUUAAAACAAUCUUUGCAUAAACUGUAAAUCAUUUAUGUAUAAACUGAAUAUAAAUUAAUCUACAUUCAAUUUAUAUCUAGUCAAUUUAUGAACUUGAACUUAAACUGAACCAAGGCUGCUGAAAAAGUGGGCAUGCACUAAUGAAAAAAAGUGUUCUUUUUACUAGUUCACAAAAACAUGUUCAACACAGAAGAGAGUAUGUCCAAGACAUUGUAUGUAUAUAUGAAUAGAAUAAUGAAUGAAUAACUAAUUAUUCAUUUAAUGUAAUAAUAUUUAAUCAAUCAUCCAUCCAUUGACUUGACAACAUGCAUACAGUAUAUUACAACUCUAUAAACAUGCCUACAGUUGUUUCUCAUUCAUUAAUGUUCAGUAUCGGUUAUUCUCUUUCCUGUUUAUGUAUGUUGUAUGUUUAGUGCAUAUGCCAACUGCCAGACCACAUGAACUGACAAAAAUUAU